AUGAAUAUUCCAGUUCCUCUACCAGUCUAAACUCUUCAUCUUUCUUGCAAGAGUGACCCAGCGGUAAAAUGGAAAAAAGAUGAUAUAAUAGGAUUUGUGAUAUAUUCAUAGUUGCAAUUUCUUAAAUCUGAGGGCUUCAUCUAAAGGUUUAGACCUGGGUACGUAUAUAUCCGAAAAGCCAAAAAUCUAGAAGUAAAUUUAAAGAAACAGACUAGUAUUCAAAUUAUGACUAAGCUAGUUACUGCUUAUUUUGGUACUAAUACUUAGAGCCUUGACAUUUGCAUGGCUUAUUUUAUGAGAAAAGAUAAGAAAUGGGUGUUUUUGCCAAAUUUGACUACAAAUAUAAACUAAGUUAUAGGGGAGGCAAUAUGCCCUGCUAUGAUUUUAUUUAAUGAAUAACAGUAAAAUUAGCUUUUGAAGGGAAUUGAGCACUGGGUAAAGGGUGGCCCCUAAAAUUGCCCCCUUUGA